AUGUCUACCACAACUUUUACUUCAACAGCCACAACGACUUCUUCAGCAACGGCGACUUGCACAACUGCUGUACCCGGGAAAUACGGCCGUGUUCCUGUCGAUGCGUGCAACGCCAACUAUUUCUUUGAUCCCAGUUUUGCUGCCAAUCUUGCUUUCUGUGUGCUCUUUGGUAUGACGACCAUGGUCCAUCUCAUACAAGCAAUUCUUUUCAAGAAGAAAUUUUGCUGGGUAGCCAUUAUGGGUGCAGCUUGGGAAACUAUAGGAUUUGCUUUCAAGACCCUAGGAAGCAGGAAUCAGCAGAACAUGACAUACCUCAUCUGGGGCCAACUGUUCUUCCUUCUUGCUCCUCUCUGGAUCAAUGCUUUCGUCUACAUGGCCGUCGCACGUAUGGUAUACUUCCGCAUGCCUGAUCGGAAACUCCUGGGUAUCAAGGCCAUCCGCAUGACACUCCUCUUCGUCUGGCUCGAUAUCAUUCUUUUCCUGGUCCAGGGAGCCGGUGGAAGCAUGCUCUCGAAUAACGAUGACAUGAAUGUUAUUCGCAUUGGACAGAAGCUUUACAUGGCUGGUGUUGGUCUGCAGCUUGCUGUCAUUGUGAUCUUCAUUGGUAUCACUGCUUUCUUCUACUUCAAGCUUCGACAACUCGAGGGCCGAAGUAUGGGACGCAUGAAGUGGCUCAUCUUGACCAUGCUUGCUGUUCUGAUUCUCAUUGUGAUCCGAAUCGUGUAUCGUCUGAUCGAAUUUGGUCCUGGUGUCAAUGAGCACAACCAACUCUUGAUUCAUGAAGAGUAUCCACUGGGUCUCGAUGCAACUCCGAUCUUGAUCGCCCUCGUAUUGCUCAACAUCAUGCAUCCUGGUUUCGUUCUUCGGGGACCCGAUAGCGAAUUCCCCAAGCUCUCUCGCAAGGAGAAGAAGGCGCUCAAGCAACAGAAGAAGAUGGAGAAGAAGCAGGCUAAAGAGGCCAAGAAAGCUCGCAAGGCGGGUGCCCAGGAACUGAAGAAUUUGUCUUAUGAGGGACAGUCUAACAGUAGUAAUGAGCUCGUUUAGGAAGAUAUGAGUAUAUUUGUGCGCAUUGUGGUGCUAUUGAUUGCAUCAUG